AUGACCGCGCUGGCCGGCGCCACGCUUCUUGCGGGCACCGCCAUCGCGGCCGAACUCAACAUCGUGCAUGGCUCGGUGGGCCGCGACCAGGAGAUCCUGCGCGCCCAGCUCGACAAGUUCGAGGCCGAGACCGGUCACACCGUGACCAUCGUCUCCAUGCCCGAAUCGACCACCGACCAGUUCGCCCAGUACAAAUUGUGGCUGGCGGCCCAGUCGUCCGACAUCGACGUCUACCGGCUCGACGUGAUCUGGGCACCGCAGAUCGAGACCCACUUCAUCGACCUGAUGCCGCAUGUCGAAGACAUUAUCGGCGACUUCGUGCCCGGUGCCGUCGAAAGCCAGAUGGUCGGCGACAAGCUGGUGGCGCUUCCCAUGUUCCUGGGCGCGCCGGCGCUCUACUACCGCUCGGACCUUCUGGAAAAGCACGGCAAGGCGGUGCCGGAGACCUGGCAGGAGAUGACCGAGACCGCACGCGCGAUCAUGGAAGCCGAGCGGGCCGAGGGCAAUGCCGACAUGUGGGGCUUUGUCUUCCAGGGUGCCGCCUAUGAGGGUCUGACCUGCAAUGCGCAGGAAUGGAUCGUCAGCUUCGGCGGCGGACGCAUCGUCGAAAACGACGGCACCAUCGGCAUCAACAAUCCGCAGGCCGCCGAGGCGCUGACCAUGGCCGCAUCCUGGGUCGGCGACAUCGCGCCCGAUGGCGUGCUCAACUACAAGGAAGAGGAUGCGCGCGGCGUGUUCCAGUCGGGCAAUGCGGUCUUCAUGCGCAACUGGAACUAUGCCUAUGCGCUGGGCAAUGGCGACGACAGCCCGAUCAAGGGCAAUUUCGGCGUCCGCACCCUGCCGACGGGCGGCGAAGGCAAGCCGUCGGCGCACACGCUUGGCGGCUGGCAUCUGGGUGUGUCGAAAUACUCCGAAAACCAGGAGGAAGCGAUCGAACUCGUCCGGUUCCUGAACAAUUAUGAGAACCAGAAAGAGCGCGCCAUCGUCACCUCGCGCCCGCCGACCCUGACCGCCGUCUAUGAAGACGCCGAGGUCGCCGCCGAGCAGGAAUUCAUCCCGCUUUGGAAGCCGGUCGUGGACGGUGCACUGCCGCGCCCGUCGGCCGCCACCAAGCGCCAGUACAAUGAGGUCUCCUCUGAGUUCUGGACCGCCGUGCACGACACGAUGAGCGGCAACGGCACCGCCGAAGAGAACCUGGCCAAGCUCGAAGCGCGCCUCAAGCGCUUGAAGGGCGCCGGCUGGUAA